AGAACUCUUGUGGGCGAAACAUUCGAUUCAUACAGAGCAGCAAAAUGGCCGACCGUCAACCAACCGACUUUCCAGAGCUUUAAAAACGAAUUAUUCUGCACAUUAGCUAGGUUUACGUUAUCAUAGUAUUUACAAAUCAAAAGCACCAACGAGUAUUUUUCUUUGUUAGCCACAUACUUCGUUAUUCGUUUAGGUUGUUGUUUUUCACUGAAGCACUUUAGCCACCGCAGAUGAAAGGGGAAAUAAUAUUAGCUUCUUUAGCUAGCACGCCAGCUAUGUUUUAUAUGUAAUUCCUGAGAAAGGAGUAUCAGGAAAGGGAACAGUAGUUCAUGGAAGACAAAAAAAGGAAGAAAGAAGACAAAAGGAAAAGGGAAGCCUCUCAGAAGGUUGCAGAGCAAAAAAACAAAGUGCCAGAAUUGACCAAGCCCUCGUCCACCCAGUCUCCUGCCGCCCCCAGCUCUGCUUCCCCCAGCCCUGGACCCACCCCCUCGGCGUCCCCCUCCCCUGCCACCGCGGCUGCAGGCGUCGCCCCCCCCCAGGGUGGGAACAAUGCGAAGCGGCCGGCGGUGGCCAACGGACAGCCCCCCGCAGCAGGCACCCAGGCCUCCCAGCGCUACAUGCCCCGCGAAGUGCCCCCGCGAUUCCGCUGCCAGCAAGACCACAAAGUGCUACUGAAGAGGGGCCAGCCGCCGCUGUCCUCCAUGCUACUGGGGGGAGGCACCGGGCCAGGGGGAGGAGGGGGAGACUGCCCCAAUGCAACCAUGGCUGCUGCCUCAGAUUCUAGUCCAGGCUAUGUGGGUCCAGCUGCACCCUCACUGCCCCUCACCUCAUCCUCCUCAUCAAUCGCUGCUUCUUCUACUACUUCUUCCAAUUAUGCAAAUUCCACGUGGGGGGUUGGCUCUGGCAGCCUGCCCUCCUCUCAGGGCAGGGAGAAGGUCAUCGUGGACGGCUCAGACCUGGAGGAAUGGCCUAGCAUUGCCGUUGGCGACGGGAAUGGAGCAGGAGGAGGUGAAGCUUCGGGGACAGGAAGUGGUAGUGCUUCGUCGGGUGAGGGCGGUGGUGGAGUGCCGAACAGCAGUGCCUCGCGGAAAGGUGGCGAUCCUGGCAGUCCCCCAUCACCCACUUCCUCGUUCUCAAUGCCCAAUGAAUGUAUGCUGUCCGUCAGUGUGGUGUGGGGAUCUGCUGCCUCACAGGGUCCUCCAGGGGCAUCGGUGCCCUCCAUUCCCAAAGCCUCCCCUCUGCCAAUGGGCCCUGAUGGAUCCCUUGGUGGCAGUGGGGUGAUCCCUGGUGCCAACUUCAACCCAAAUGCCAACCCUUCCGCCUGGCCUGCUCUGGUGCAGCAGGAUGGGGCUGGGGUAGCGUCCUCUGAGGGUGGCCCCCCCCCUUCCCUUCUCCAGAACCUGGCGGGGUCUCUGUCUGCCCCGGGCCUGGGGAACCCACCUCUAGCUGUGAAUCAAUCCCCUCAUCAGCACCAACUUCACCAAAUGCAAUCCAGAGACAGAGAGCACACGUCGGAUGGGGGUUGGGGUGGAGCGGCACUGGAGACCGGAGCAGGACCAAAAAACGAGGGGACAGGGGCGGGAGCCGAUACAGACUGUGGGGGAGGAGGCAAUGGUAGAGAGAACCUCGCUGCCUCCCAAACCUCAUCCUCCUCUUGGGGAGGCCAGCCUUUCCCUGCUGCUAACUCCAAAACGGGUGCCUCAAGGACUGAUGGUUGGGAAGGGGGAGCUGCUGAGGGUGGUGGAGGUUCGGGGUGGAAGUACAGCGCUCAGGGGGGUAAUGGAGGGAAAUCCUGGGGUGCUGGAAGUGGGGGUAGCACUCAAACCCCCGGGGUAUCUCAGGGAGGGGGUGCAGGAGGAGAGCGAGGGUCUUCAGUUGGAGACUGGGGAGGUAAUUCAGGUGGGAUGGGUGGAGGUGGAAAUCCAGGAGGGGAGGCUGGUGGUGUCGGAGGCCGCAGCAGUAGCAGCAGCAGCAGUGGGGGCAGCAACCCCCCUGCUGCCUCUUCCUCUCCGACAACAUCCACCACUACGACAAGAGCUUGGGACAAUCAGAAGGGGGAUGGAGUGGCAGGGGGGGACACAGGGGAGUGGGGGGGGGGCAAGGGUGGUAGAGGAGGAGGUAAUUCAUCCAGCGUUGGGGGAAACUCCAGAGGCAGCGGCAAUCAGCACCACGGGUACGGUCACCACCGGUAUUCCCACCCCCCACCGCCCAACCCUGACGUGGCCUUACAGGCAAUGCUCAGCCGCAGUGACCUGGACCCACGCGUCCUCUCCAACACGGGCUGGGGCCAGACCCAGAUCAGACAGAACGUGGCCUGGGACCUAGAACCAGGAAAAGGAGGGUCUGGUUCUUCUGCUUCAUCCCAAAACGCUUCACCUCCUAUGGGUCCAGCUUCUCAAUACUCCACUGGCUCUGCUACAACUACUGAUCCAAUGGCUCCUACCCCUCUCCCUGGCUCAGCUCCCAACCUGAACUCCAACCCUUCCCUGGGGACCCCUGGUGGCUCCGGGGAGGGCUGGGAGGUUGGUAACAACGGCAGCAGUAGUGGCAGCAACUCCAUGCCCAACCAAGGGCCACCUCCCCUAGGCUCCAACAUGAGAAACCCUCCUGGCGUCACUCAAUCUGGGUCAAUGACCACUGGAGCAGGUAUAGGUGGCGGCCUUGGACCAGGCCAGGGGAAGCCUACAGGAGGCUGGGGUGGGGUUGGACCAGGGGAGAGUCAAGGAAAAGGAUGGGGGAACGAAGGGUCUGAGUGGGGUUGUGGGAGGGAACGCAGUAGAGGUGGAGGAGGUUGGGGAGAUAAUGGACAACAGGGUAACCAAGGUGGAGGAGGAGUUGGUGGCUGGGGAGGCGGCCAGGAGGAGAAGGGGACAGGAGGAGGAUGGAAGGAGAUGGGGCGGGAUGGAGGGUGGGGUGGGCAGAGGGACAGGGGUGGGGGAGACUGGGGGGAGAGAGAACCUAAAUCCAGUGGUGGAGGAUGGGGAGAGGAUAGGAAAGGUGGAGGUAACUCCGGUGGGGGAGACUCAGAAGUCGGUACGUGGGGUAGCUGGGACGAGGGAGCCCCGAGGAGAUCCUGGGGGGCAGGAGGUACGGGUGGGGGGGGCGGAGGAGGGGUGGGGGGGGACAUGGGAUGCACCAAACCCCACCAGGGGCGUUGGGGUGGAGGUGGGAAGAUGCACCCGUCACCGAUGCCAAACAGCCAGACGGCUUCUGUGAAAGGCGUCAUGGCACUGCAGCAACAUUCGCAGCCCCAGCAGCCCCCACCGCAACAAGUGCUGGAACCGGGAGGAGGGGGCUGGGUGAGACAACCGGGUGCCCAGCACCAGAACCAAAGCAGUUCGGGCUGGAUUGCCGGACCCAUCCCCAGUGGCCCUGGGGGAGGGGAAGGACCAGAGUCCAGCGGGUGGGAGGAACCUUCACCGCAAUUCAUUAGCCGGAAGAUGGACAUUGACGAUGGGACAUCGGCUUGGGGAGACCCCAGCCAGUUUAAUAAGAAGACUGUCAACCUGUGGGAGAAGAAUGGCUCUCCUGCUGGUCAUCAGCCGGAAAUGCAGGGCCAGGGAGGAGGACCACCGACCCAACAGCAGCAGGGGCUACCAGCUCUACAGCAGCCUGGACCUGGGAGGCAGCCCACUGGGAUGGGAGGCAGGGACAUCAACCCUGGGCCUGGAAGGCAGCCAACUGGGAUGGGAGGCAGGGACAUCAACCCUGGGCCUGGGAGGCAGCCCACUGGGAUGGGAGGCAGGGACAUCAACCCCGGGAAAGCUCCAGGGAUGGCUCCAUCGUCCGGCUGGGACGGUGGCUCUCCCUCGGACCCCCCGGUGGACAACGGCACUGCAGCCUGGGGGAAACCUACUGAGACCCCCACCGGCUGGGAAGAACCUGGGAAGACCACCUCUGGCUGGGGAAACCCCUCACCCAACCCCAUCAAAUCUGCAGGUUCAAAGUCUAUGCAAGAAGGAAGCUGGGGUGAGGGUGACCAAGGCUCUGUGGCGGCCUCUCGUCACUCCAGCUGGGAGGAAGAGGAGGAGGGAGGUGGAGGGGUGUGGAGCAGCGCUGGGUCCCAGGGUAGCAGCUCUUCCUACAACAGUGGGGGCUGGGGCCAAGGUCACGGGGGCAAGAAGCCCAACAAGGCUCCACUGAAGAGUGGAGGAGGAGACUCCUGGAUGAACCCCAUGAAUAAACAGUUCUCCAACAUGGGGCUCCUGGGUGACGAUCCUAGCGGGCGACCUCUGGACCUGGCCCCUGGUCCUUCUCAGGAUAAGAAAAUGGAGGGAGAGAAGCGAGGGAUGGGCCUGAAUGACUACAAUGGAGAGAUGCGUAAAGGAGGGCAGAGAGGAGUUGGAGGAGGAGGCAUGGUCUACCGUUCACCUGGUUCCAAAGAGAUUGGGCCUGGCGACCCUGGGCCUUAUGACAAGCAGUCCUUGCCGUUCACCAAUCAGGAUGGGUGCCUUGGGGAGGAGUACUCUCCACCCACUGUCUACAAACCCUCCCCCCUCUACAGCCACACUAUCCCCCCUAGACAAGGUGGUCAUAACAUGUUUGGCGGCUGCGGUGGUGGAAUGCCCCAGUCCAGACACCAGCCCGGUGUGCCACCUAUCAACACGUCCGCUGGGAUACGAGCGCAAGUGCCUCAUCAGUACCUGUCGCCUCAGGUGCCAGGUUCCAUGCUGAAGCAGGUGGCACCUCCCAGUGCCGGCGUGGGUGGAGUCGGGGGUGUGAGUGGGGUGGCGGGUGUAGGAGGGGGUGUGUUCCCCCCUCAGCUGUCCCCCCAGCACAUCGCCAUGUUGAGCGGCAUCUACCCCCCCCAUAUUCAGUUCCAGCUGGCCUGCCAGCUCCUCCUCCAGCAGCAGCAGAACCCCCAGCAGCUCACCUCACCACAGCAGCUACAACAGCUCCUACAGAACCAGAGAAAGUUCCCCCAGAACCUACGCCAGCAGGCCGACCCCCAACAGCUGGCCAGGAUCGUGGCUGUUCUCCAGCAGCAGAGGCAGCAACAGGGUGUCGGAGGGGGCUCCAAACUAUCACCCUCUGACCUGGGAGGAGGAGGCCCCAAACUGCCUAUGACUGACUCCCUGCCCCAUCCAGGCAUGGGUGGCUCUGUGGACCUGCACCAGAAAACACAGGGCUACUCUGGCUAUGGUGGAGGAGUGAACCUGUCUGGUCUGGACAUGGGUGGCUCGGUGAUGGGAGGCCCAGGGGGGAUGAAGGACAUGGGGGGGCAGCAGUCCCGCUUCAAAUGGAUGAUGGAGGGUCACUCUCCUGCCCCCUCCCCUCCUGAGAGCCUCAACAAAAACGGUCCUAUGUCCACCCCUAUGAGAAGGGGGGGCUCUCCAUACUCCCAGUAUGACAUGAUGGGAGGGGAGGGGCUAGGCAUGCCCCUCCAGAGGGACAACUGGCACCGUACUCCUGGGAACAAGAUGGGCUCCAAGCCCCAGGGCACGUCCAGCUGGCCUCCUGAGUUCCAGCCUGGCGUGCCCUGGAAGGGGAUCCAGAGCAUCGACCCCGAGUCUGACCCCUACAUGACCCCAGGGAGCAUGAUGGGAAUCCCUGGGCCGUCCAGCCUCAAUGACACCGAGCACCAGUUGCUAAGAGACAACACAGAAGCCAACCCCUCCCUGAACACCUUGCUGCCUUCACCUGGUGCCUGGCCCUACAGUGCCUCAGACAGCCCCCUCAACAACGCACACAACUCAGCAAAGUACACAGAGUACAAGACCAGCUGGCCCCCUGAGCCCAUUGGACACAACAAGAUGUGGAAGACCAAUCGCAACCAACAGUCCCAGCAGCUGCCACGCCCACCCCCGGGACUCACCAAUCAGAAGCAGGCCUCGCCGUCCCGUGGCCCGUGGCAGGCCCGUGGCUGGGGCAGCUCGAGCGGGAGCCAGGAAACCAGAUAUGGCCCUGGCUCUGCUUGGAGUGAUGGGGGGACCUCCAGAGGAAGCUGCUGGCUGGUGCUCUGCAAUCUCACUCCACAGAUCGACGGCUCCACCCUCCGUACCAUCUGUAUGCAGCAUGGCCCCCUGCUGACCUUUCACCUUGGCCUGACCCAGGGCAGUGCUCUGAUUCGCUACAGCACCCCACAGGAAGCUGCGAAGGCCCAGAGCGCACUACACAUGUGUGUACUGGGCAAUACCACCAUCUUGGCCAAGUUUGUGAGCGAGGAAGAGGUUGCUCGCUAUUUUGCACAUUCCCAGGCAGGAGGGGCCAGCGGAAGCCAGGGGGGGCCCACAGGGACAGGUGCAGUGGGGGCCAAUAGCAGCGGAGGGAGUGGAGAGAGGGAACGAGACAGAACCAGAGGAGGAGGAGAGAGCUCUGCCCCUGGAGGAGGCGGCAGCUCAGGGCCCGUCAGCUCUGGCUGGCAGAGUUUGGACAGUACAGGAGGCUGCCUGGAUACUACCCCUGCCCAGGGGCCCGGCCUGAGCAUGUUUGCCCAGUGGAGCAGCAACGGUGCUGGGGUGGUUGGGGGUGUGGAGCCCAGCAGACAGGGUUUGUGGGGAGGGAUGGGGGGUGGUGGGUACCCCAGCAGUAGUAGUAUGUGGGGGUCCCCUGCCAUAGAGGAUCCACACCAGAUGGGGAGUCCUGCUGCUCUGCUGCCUGGAGACCUGCUAGGAGGGGCUGAUUCCAUCUGAAUGACCACACCUAAUACAUGAACCUACACGUGAAGACAGUAUAAAUGUAUUUAUACUGUGUGUGUGUGUGCGUACACCGAAUAAACAUACACUUACACAUGUUCUCACACACAUACAUACUUAAACACACACAGAUGAAAUGACACUAGUCACAAACAUGCAGAGCCUCUGACGUUAACUCUCACACAUUGUAUCAUUAAUAGACUGUGACAUGCCAACACUACUCAACAUACAUACAUAUUUUUCCCUUAAAUGAAGACUUCAACAGCAAGACUUGAACAGACCAAGGUGGAAUCCGUUACUCACUCAUCUGGAUGACGACUCUUCACCCAUUAACCAGAACUCACUGAGUAUCCUGAGAUCCUAUCAUUCAGGCCCUGUAGAGAAACCAACAACGUGACAACACAUGGAGCUGUUCCUAUGUGAUGUGUAACACCUUAUUACAACACCCCUCUACUACACAAACCUACAGGAUGACUUGUUUUCACAGCACCGGGCCUACAGUCCCUACCUACCUGGCCCAACCCUUUCUGACUCUUUCUCACCAGUUACACACUGCUAUGUCACUGCUAUGAUGUCUAAUGUAUCUUGUUGUAUGUUGGUUAAAUUGUGGAAAAAUCCAAGAUGUCCUUUCUCUCUUUUUAGUUUUUAUUUCAAAAUGCUGACCUCGUUAUGUUUUCUUACUCAAUCAAGUUGGUUCUUAUAAUGCCAUGCUGAUGAUGACUGAUCACUUGUUACUAGCUGUACAAGGUGCCCUCCUGCCUGCCUGUGGAACUGUGCAUGAGAGGAGUGACGGGAGGAGUAUGUGGGUGCGUUUCACAGCUAAGAUGAGGUGACGCAACAACCAAUGUUUGCCUGCCACGUCAUUGACUGACAAAUUGUUAUAACAUGAAGUGGUUAGCUGAUACUAUGCCUGGAUAGGUAUUUUGAGUAAGAACUGUCAGGCAUCAGCAACGUCUAAGCAUAGGAACGCGCCCUGUGUGUGUCGUUGCCGUGGUGAAUUCCUUUUGGCAAUGAGAACAUGAUUAACAAGCGCGUGAUUGUGUGCUGGUGAUGUGUGAUAGAGAAAGUGUGUGUCUGAAAUGCUUUUCCCUUUCAGGGAGACAAAUGUUUGUGUGACUGCUUACAUCAGGUGUGUGUGUGUGUGUAUGUGUAUGUGUGUGUGUGUGUGUGUGUGUGGCUCGAAGUUCAACAACAUAGGCACUAAUGCAUAUUUCUCUUAAGUUGUGGUUUUAGCAGCAUUUCUUUUUGGUCUGAAUUGCAAUAAGCUUUUUUUUUCUCCAUAAAAAAAAAAAAAGAAGCAACCAACUGAAGGCAUCCAUGUUAAGAUGCCAAAACCUACCAAACCAAGCAGAGCUGGAGCAGUGUUUUGCAAACACGUUAAAGUUACUAAUUGUAAAAUGUUUUGUGUAUCAAUUUAAAUUAAGGCGGGCUUUAUCACUCCUGUUCAGGUUAUUUUAGUUUCUUUUUGGAUUUUUACAAAGGAGGACAUUUUAAUUUAAGCAAACAAGAACAAGACAAUAAAGGUUGUAUUAAA